UCGCCAACGACAUCAUCGCCCUUUCUCUCUUUCUCUUAAUCAACCAAAUCCCACCUCACCACACACCACAACCAACCCACCAACACAAAAAGAAAAAGAAAAAGAAAAAGAAUAUAAUGUACAUGUCCUCCACCCUCACCCGCGCCUCACUCAUCAACCUCCUCCUCACAACGACCGCCCGCAUCGCACCCGCAUCCGCAACACUCACAACAACAACAAGCUCAUACCACACACCACGACACUUCCUCCACCAAGCAACUCUCCCUCUCCACCCUCACUGCUCAGCAAUCCACCUCUACAACAACACCAAUAAAUACCCAAAGGAGCAAAGCUCUUACUACUCCACAAUGAGCACACCCAACGAGCAACAACAAAGAGAUGAGGAAAACAAGCCCAUCCUCGCCCUCCCAGACGCCGAAUCAGCCACGAAACUCGAUGUUAGCGGGGACGGAUCAGCAGUUGCAUUGGAUCACUUGGGUCCUGUGGUGGUGAAUCAGGAUGGGACGUUAUCGCGCAUCUCGAAUUGGGAGGCUAUGACGGAGAUUGAAAAGAAGAAUACGUUGAGGGUGUUGGGGAAGAGGAAUAAGAUGCGGUUGGAGGCGUUGAAGAGGGAGAGGGGGGAGGGGAAUUAAUCACCUCAAGAUCAAGUUCGUGUCGUUUUCGUUGAUUGUGUUGAGUGGGGUGGGGUGGGGUGGUAGUGGUGGAUGAUAGAGAUGAUAAGAGGGGUGUAUUAUAUUAUGUUGGAAGGGGGAGGGAUAUACUCGCGUCUUGUAUGAUAUCUUAUGGGGUUGGACUAUGGUUUAGCGAUUUCAUUGUUUAUCUGCAAUCGAAGCUGUCUUUGGUAUCAUCUGCUAAGGAAAGAAAGGAAAAAUGAACUUCUAUCCAAAUAGCCUCCCAAAUUUUCUCUAUACGUUGUCUCAUGAU